UUGGCUUUCAUCUUGUCAAUACCGUCAAUACAUCAAGUUAACAUUUGAUAAGUGACGUGGCGUGCGCCAUGUGGCAUACCGGAUGUUAAAUUAGUUAAAAACAACAUUCGGGCAUUUCUUCAUACAGGGAUGAAUUUUAUAAGGGAAUGAAAAAUGUCUAGUUCUAAAGAUGUUUAAACAUGUGGAGCCAAGUAACCAAUAGUCCCGGAUAUCAAGGUGGCACUGCUCUAUAAAAUGUUUUGAAACAUUGAUGUUUUAUACAAGUGUACAGUACUGGACGCGUAUACAGUUACAAUACAUUACUUUACUCGACCGUUAAAUGAAGUAAAAAAUUUAUUGCAUUAUGAAGUGGCUGUCAUUUAGUUUUAUAUUAUCAAUUGCAUUUUUAAUUUAUAUUAGUUAUUCGAUAUAUAUCUUAUCGUUACUGUUUGUACCUCCACCAUGUGAAGUGGGAAAACCAUGUCUAACAUCUUAUUUAAGUAAAAACCCACAUUUGCAAUUGCACAUUUAUAGUUCUGUAACAGUUCCUCCUUUACGGCAUGAAAGCUACCCCGUUUUUACGAUAUCAAAUUUUGAUUAUCAUCGGAGGCAAGAAAUUUCGAUAACAUUGGACAUUCCACAAAAAACACAGCAAAAUGGCACAUUAUUUCUGUACAUUGUACUUGCACCUAAAUCAACGAAGCUCGACAAAUCAUUCUAUGAUGCACAAAAGAAGCUGACAAUGUCUCAUGCCAUAAUUAAAAUGGUGCAACAUGUAGUACCUGAAGCAUCAGUUUUUCAAUUAUUAGGAACAGAAAAUGAAAAAACUAAAACAAAAAAAGAAAACGUACUUAAACCUAUCGCUCAUUUGAAGAGGAGAGUUACAUUUACCGUAAUGACCGAUGACAUUAAGUUGCCUGCACACAAUUUACCUUUGGAGCUUCGCAAUGACAUAAAGGUGACCCCAGAUGGAUUAUUUUUACCUAUAGUUAAUUACGAUUUCUUGCAAACCAAACUGAGCGAUUUAGAACAAAUAAAACCAGUUAAUCAUCCUAUGAAUGUUACGGUAUUUUAUGCCCCUAUAUCACUAGGCAAGUUAAGAUUAGUAUUACACGUCGAAGCUGCUAUGCAAGAACUCAAGGAGCUUGGGUUUUCUGAAAAAGAUAUCGAUGAGGUUAAAAGAAUCUUUGCCGAAACGAAUUUAUAUUUAUUGGCAGGAACCGUGUUCAUUGCUGCAACGCAUAUACUGUUCGACUUCUUAGCAUUCAAGAAUGACAUUAACUUUUGGAAAAAUAAAAAUAAUUUAGCAGGUCUCAGUGUUCGGACGGUUCUUUGGCGAGCUUUCAGUCAAACGAUAAUCCUUCUUUAUCUCCUCGAUGAAGGAUCAUCGCUUCUUAUUUUAGUACCCUCUGGUAUUGGAACCAUUAUUGAAUUAUGGAAGUCGAAAAAAAUAUUAAGAAUUGAAUUUACGAGAGGAAACGGUGUAUUGCCAAAAAUAAAAAUCUGUAAGCACGAAAGUGAUCCUGCAGAAAGGAAAACCCGCGAAUUUGAUGCAGAAAGUAUGCGCUAUUUGAGCUACGUCUUAUACCCAUUGAUUUCUGGUGGUGCUAUCUAUUCUUUAUUAUAUCAGCCCCAUAAAAGUUGGUGGUCAUGGACAAUAAAUUCGUUGGUGAACGGCGUUUACGCCUUUGGAUUCCUAUUUAUGCUUCCACAAUUGUUUGUAAAUUACAAACUGAAGUCUGUAGCACAUCUUCCAUGGAGAGCCUUUAUGUAUAAAGCAUUUAACACAUUUAUUGAUGAUAUUUUUGCUUUCAUUAUAACGAUGCCAACCGCUCAUAGAGUAGCGUGUUUUCGGGACGAUGCCGUCUUCCUAAUUUACCUCUAUCAAAGAUGGCUUUAUCCGGUAGACAAGACCCGAAUAGAUACGGCAUGUAUAGAAGAAGAUGUUCCUGACAGGUCGUCUGACAAGAAAAAGAAUUAGUACAACGAAUGUGUUUUGCACCCAGUGGGCCUUUGAAGUUACGCGGGAUUGAUUGGGCAGUAAUUAAUGGUUAAAAAAAGAAAUACAUUUUGUUCUCUAGCUCUCGUUCUCACAAUGGUGCAAUACUUAACAAUAAAUGGAGAUAGUGAAUACUUUCUUCGUUUACAUUUAUAUCCGUAUUUUACGUAAAAUGUACACACAUUAAAUACAAAGAUCACGAUAACGGUGUUGUACGUAA